AUGCAUAUCACCAUAAAUUUCAAGGAUUUUAAAAAGGAGAAACUUCCCUUGCAACUCUCUCCGACUGCCACAAUCGCCGAGGCUAAACAACUUUUAGCUAAGGAAAAGCAAUGCGAUGAGUCUCAGUUGAAAAUGAUUUUUAGUGGUAAGGUGUUACAAGAUGGCCAUACCCUUGAUGCUUGCAAAUUGAAGGAUGGCGACCAGGUUAUCUUUAUGAUUUCCAAGAAGAAAACCGGUACGCUAAUGUCUCCUGCUGCCACUACGACCAGCACUGAAACUAAAGUUACGGAGGCUGCUGCUCCAGGAAUAAGGGCAGUAGAAAGUUCUUCUGACAAGGCGAAGAAAACUGCAGGUGCCCCUGAGGGGACGGCUAUGGCAGCGACGACAAGCUCUGCAGUUGCAGCAGUCGAUGCUGGUGCAGCUCAGCCCACGAAUACAACCGGCAGUGACAGCAAUCCUCCAGACCAUGGGUUUGUUACGGGCUCGCAGCGUAAUGAGACCAUAGAACGUAUCAUGGAGAUGGGUUAUGAACGCAGUCAGGUUGAAAGUGCGUUGAGAGCCGCAUUUAACAACCCAGAUCGUGCCGUCGAGUACUUGUUGAUGGGCAUCCCCGAACAUCUGCAGGCUGCUCCUCAACCUGCCGGUUCGGGAGUAGUUGCAGCCUCCCAAAGUAUGGAUACAAGUUCUGCUAUAGCGCCUACUGUUGAAAGUGCAACUGCAGGAGUUACCACUGCCACAACACACACAGGUGGUGCUUCUGCGCAUGAGGAUAAUUUAUUUGCCCAAGCAGCAGCCGCAGAAUCAGGUGACACCGCAGGUGUCACAGAAGCCUCCGCGACUGGUACGCUAAGUCACGGAAGCAGUCCCUUACAGACGAUCGGUUUAACAUUUGAGGAUCUUAUGCAGUUGCGGGGCGUGAUUAAUGGCGAUCCAGAGGCAUUGCCGCCUCUUCUUGAAUCCCUAAGUGAUCGCUAUCCUGAGGUGCGCGAACAGAUUAUGGGCAACCCAGAGAUGUUUAUAUCCAUGCUAUUGCAGGCUGUGGGCGGUGCGAUUCCCUCCGAUUCCCUGGACGAUGCCAUGUCUUUCCGUACUGAAGGAGAGGGCGAGGAUGGCAACACACACGCCAAUUCCGAAGCAAAUCCAGAUGGUGCUGUCGUAUCUGUAUCUGAGGCUGCCCAAGAUAGAUUACAAUUGACUAGUGAUGAUAUAACUGCAAUCGACCGUCUUUGUGAAUUAGGCUUCGACAGAGACUUAGUAGUCCAGGUUUAUGUGGCUUGCGACAAGAACGAAGAUAUUACAGCAGACAUGUUGUUUAACAAUUACGCCGACUGA